CUGCAAGAGCCCGACCUAGCACCAUCUCUCCACCUAGGCUACUGCCCGGCCCCUCCAGGCCUGGGCGCCCCUGCCCAAGGCGAGCUGGGAAUCUCUCUCCCCCGCCCCGCUCAGCUGGGCCCGCGCCGCCGGGGACUUUGGAGCCGAGGAGGAAGCCCGGAGGGGCGGGGAGGUGGGGGUGUGUCGGGAGGCGGCGGUGGCUGGGUUUUAUAAUCCGCAGGGCGGUCGCGGCGCGGGAGAAGGGGCAGCGCCGCACGGUGCGCACCGCGCUAUGGGGGCCGCGUCCGGCCAGCAAGGGCAGGGGCCGCCGUCGCCUCUCUUGCUGCGGUGGCUGUCUUUCCUGCUGCUACUGCUGCUGCCUUCGCCCGCUCCGGCGCUCGACCCUGGAUUACAGCCGGGCAACUUUUCCGUGGACGAGAUAGGGGCGCAUCUCUUCGCCGAGAGAUACAAUUCGAGUGCCGAGCAGGUGAUGUUCCAGAGCACCGCAGCCAGCUGGGCGUACUACACCAACAUCACCCAGGAGAAUGCGCGGCUCCAGGAGGAAGCAGAACUCAUCGGGCAGGAGUUUGACGAGGUCUGGGGCAAGAAGGCCAAGGAGCUGUUUGACCCCAUCUGGCAGAACUUCACUGACUCAAAGCUGCGAAGGGUCAUUGAAACUAUACGAACCCUAGGACCUGCCAACCUGCCCCUGGCCCAGCGACAGCAGUACAACUCCCUGCUAAACAACAUGAGUAGAAUCUACUCCACCAGCAAGGUCUGCUUCCCCAACAAGACUGCCACCUGCUGGUCCCUGGAGCCAGAGCUCACCAACAUCCUGGCUUCCUCACGAAGCUAUGCCAAGCUGCUGUUCGCCUGGGAGAGCUGGCAUGAUGUUGUGGGCAUCCCACUGAAACCCCUCUAUCAAGACUUUACCGCCCUCAGCAACGAAGCCUAUAAACAAGAUGGCUUUUCAGACACAGGAGCCUACUGGCGCUCUGCAUAUGACUCCCCCUCCUUUGAAGAGACUCUGGGACCCCUUUACCUCCAGCUAGAGCCCCUCUACCUGAACCUCCAUGCCUAUGUCCGCCGUGCGCUGCAUCGGCGCUAUGGGGACAAAUAUAUCAACCUCAGGGGGCCCAUUCCUGCUCAUCUGCUAGGAGACAUGUGGGCCCAGAGCUGGGACAACAUCUACGACAUGGUAGUUCCUUUCCCAAACAAACCUAACCUCGAUGUCACCAAUACAAUGGUACAGAAGGGCUGGAAUGCCACACAUAUGUUCCGGGUAGCAGAGGAAUUCUUCACCUCGCUGGGGCUCUCACCAAUGCCUCCUGAGUUCUGGGCAGAGUCGAUGCUGGAGAAGCCAACUGAUGGGCGGGAGGUGGUGUGCCACGCCUCAGCCUGGGACUUCUUCAACAGGAAGGACUUCAGGAUCAAGCAGUGCACACGGGUGACAAUGGAGCAGCUGUCCACAGUGCACCAUGAGAUGGGCCACGUGCAGUACUACCUACAGUACAAGGACCUGACUGUCCCCCUGCGUAGAGGUGCCAACCCUGGCUUCCAUGAGGCCAUCGGGGACGUGCUCGCACUCUCUGUCUCUACUCCUGCACAUCUGCACAAAAUCGGCCUGCUGGACCAUGUUACCAAUGACAUAGAAAGCGACAUCAAUUACUUGCUAAAGAUGGCCCUAGAGAAAAUUGCCUUCCUGCCCUUUGGCUACCUGGUGGACCAGUGGCGCUGGGGGGUCUUUAGUGGUCAUACCCCACCCUCCCGCUACAAUUUCGAUUGGUGGUAUCUUAGAACCAAGUAUCAGGGGAUCUGUCCUCCAGUUGUCCGGAAUGAAACACAGUUUGACGCUGGAGCCAAGUUUCAUAUCCCAAAUGGGACACCGUACAUCAGGUAUUUUGUGAGCUUCAUUCUACAGUUCCAAUUCCAUCAAGCACUGUGCAAGGAGGCAGGACACCAGGGCCCACUACACCAAUGUGACAUCUAUCAGUCUACCCAGGCUGGGGACAAGCUCCGGCGGGUACUGCAGGCUGGCCGCUCCAGGCCCUGGCAGGAGGUGCUGAAGGAGAUGGUAGGCUCAGAAACCCUGGAUGCCCAGGCAUUGCUAGAGUACUUCCAACCAGUCAGCCAGUGGCUGCAGGAGCAGAAUGAACGGAAUGGCGAAGUCCUAGGCUGGCCAGAGUAUCAAUGGCGCCCAUCGUUACCUGACAACUAUCCAGAAGGCAUUGACCUAGUGACGGAUGAAGCUGAGGCUGAGAGGUUCGUGGAGGAGUAUGACCGGACAGCCCAGGUGUUGUGGAACGAGUACGCAGAGGCCAACUGGCAAUAUAACACCAACAUUACCCUAGAGACCAGCAAGAUCCUGCUUCAGAAAAACAAGAAGGUGGCCAACCACACUCUGAAAUAUGGCACUUUGGCCCAGAAGUUUGAUGUGAGCAACUUCCAGAACGCUACCAUCAAAAGGAUCAUAAAGAAGGUUCAGAACAUGGACCGGGCAGUGCUGCCUCCUAAGGAGCUAGAAGAGUACAACCAGAUCCUGGUGGAGAUGGAGACGACUUACAGCAUAACCAACGUUUGCUACACAAAUGGCACUUGUCUGCAUUUGGAACCUGACCUGACAAACGUGAUGGCCACGUCCCGGAAUUACGAAGAACUGUUGUGGGUAUGGAAGAGCUGGAGAGAUAAGGUGGGGAGAGCCAUUCUCCCCCUUUUCCCAAAGUAUGUGGAGCUCUCCAACAAGAUUGCCCACCUCAACGGCUACGCUGAUGGAGGGGACUCAUGGAGAUCAUCAUAUGAGUCUAAAAACUUGGAGCAAGACCUGGAACAACUAUACCAAGAGAUACAACCACUCUACCUGAACCUACAUGCCUACGUGCGCCGUUCCCUGCAUCGCCAUUAUGGGUCUCAGCACAUCAACCUGGAUGGUCCCAUUCCCGCCCACUUGCUGGGGAACAUGUGGGCACAGACCUGGUCCAAUAUCUAUGACUUGGUGGCUCCCUUUCCUUCUGCCCCCAACCUGGAUGCCACGGAGGCCAUGAUAAAGCAGGGAUGGACGCCCAGAAGAAUAUUUAAGGAAGCUGAUGAUUUCUUUACCUCCCUGGGGCUGUUACCUGUACCAGCUGAAUUCUGGAACAAGUCAAUGUUGGAGAAGCCAAGCGAUGGAAGGGAUGUGGUGUGCCAUGCCUCAGCCUGGGACUUCUACAAUGGCAAGGACUUCAGGAUCAAGCAGUGCACCUCUGUGAACAUGGAGGACUUGGUGAUCGCCCACCAUGAAAUGGGCCACAUCCAGUAUUUCAUGCAGUACAAAGACUUGCCUGUGACCUUUCGGGAGGGUGCCAACCCUGGCUUUCAUGAAGCUAUUGGAGAUGUGCUGGCUCUGUCGGUGUCUACCCCCAAACAUCUUCACAACCUCAACCUGCUCAGUAGCGAGGGCGGUGGCUACGAGCAUGACAUCAACUUCCUGAUGAAGAUGGCCCUCGACAAGAUCGCCUUUAUCCCCUUCAGCUACCUCAUUGACCAGUGGCGCUGGAGGGUCUUUGAUGGAAGCAUCACCAAGGAGAAUUACAACCAAGAGUGGUGGACCUUCAGGCUGAAGUACCAGGGUCUCUGUCCUCCAGUGCCAAGAUCUCAAGAUGACUUUGACCCAGGGUCCAAGUUUCACGUUCCUGCAAAUGUGCCAUAUAUCAGGUACUUCGUCAGUUUUAUCAUCCAGUUCCAGUUCCACGAGGCACUGUGCCGAGCAGCUGGGCACACAGGUCCCCUGCACAAGUGUGACAUCUACCAAUCCAAAGCAGCGGGAAAGCUGCUGGCGGAUACCAUGAAGAUGGGCUACAGUAAGCCAUGGCCAGAAGCCAUGAAGCUGAUCACAGGCCAGCCUAACAUGUCAGCCUCUGCCAUGAUGAACUACUUCAAGCCACUGACGGAAUGGCUCAUCACUGAGAACAGGAGACAUGGAGAGACACUGGGCUGGCCACAAUACAACUGGACACCAAACACGGCUCGCUCAGAAGGCCCCUUUCCAGAGUCUGGCCGCGUCAACUUCCUGGGCAUGUACCUGGAGCCACAGCAGGCCCGUGUGGGUCAAUGGGUGCUGCUCUUCCUAGGCGUCUCCCUGCUUGUGGCCACCUUGGGUCUCACACAUCGGCUCUUCAGCAUCCGCCAACACCACAGCCUCCACCGGCCCCAUCGUGGGCCCCAGUUUGGGUCUGAGGUGGAGCUCAGACACUCCUGAGGUGACCCUGCUGUUGAGUCUGACAGAGGAGUGUCCCACGAGAAAUUGGAUGGGGGACAUGGUGUGUGGGUGGAACACACUCUUGCUGGGCCUUCCUCCUCCUGCCCUGCCCCCGCCUACUCUCUGCCCCUAGUCCCAGCCCUCAUUCUCUAGAUACCCAGCUUCUAACAUGGAAUCCCCCAUCCAGCCUCUGUGAAUACAAUUAAAGGUCCUCCCCGACACCUGA